AUGAUCCCGACGGCUGAAGACCCGAGCGUCUACUUGGGCGAUAUAUACAUUCUCCAGGGCGACGUGAUCAUUGGCAUGGUAGGCGGCAUUCAGUUCCGCCGGUAUCCGCGCAUCCUGCUCGGGCGCUUCUUCUCUGCGCCGGACGACUCGAAAGCGCCGCCCGUUGCGGUGGCGGCUUCGUCGAAGUCUGCUUCGUCCAAGCCUGCUGCCACCGCGAAACCAGCGGCCCACCAAGCUGCUCCAAAACCUGCACCCGUCCACGUUGCCACUCCCACUCCAAAGCCUGCACCCACUCCUGCACCCACUCCUGCUCCCGCUGCAGCGCCAGCUCCAGCGCCAACUCCAGCACCAGAACCGGCUACCAACGGUGUCCAGGACGCCGACACGACGACCUCCAAGGCCAUCCAGAUCAUUGCCACCGAAGCGGCGCUCGACCUCGCGGAUCUGACCGAUGACGCCAGCGUGGCCGGCUUGGGUGUCGAUUCGCUCAUGAGCUUGGUGAUUGCCGAGAAGUUCCGCGAGCAGCUGGGUGUCGUGGUCUCGGGCAGUUUGUUCUUGGAAUUUCCCACCAUAAAAGACCUGCGUAAUUGGUUGGAGGAGUAUUAUGACUAG